CUAGCGAAUUUAACUGGUUUACUUUGAUAAUGUAAUCAGUGAGGUUAUUUUAACUAAGAAUUUCACUAUUAAAAAAAGCGGAAUUCGGUCCCUCGACCCUUGUCUCAAUACUCUGCUACUCUAACCACGUGAGCUAUCGAUUAAUAACAAGGCCUCCAGUUCUCUAUGCUUUUGCUAAAAAAGAAUCUUCCAGCGGAUUGUUUAUUAUCAUUGUGCAAACACACUCGACCCAAGGGCAUUAAAACUGAUGAAACCGAUACUUGUUUCCCUCCUGGCCGUGGCGGCAUCCCUUCUCGCCUAUGCCGUCUACAGGACUAAGAAGAUCUACAGGACGUGGAAGGAUCGCGGGGUGAAACACGAAGAACCAUGGCUUUUCUUAGGUAAUUUCCUGAAGAUGGUCCUUCAAAAGGCGAGCCUAGGCGAGAGGUUGAAAGAGGUGUGUGACCAGUUCCCGGAUGAGAAGAUGGUCGGAUUUUACGAGUUUAUCAGUCCAGCCCUGGUCAUCAAAGACGCCGAAUACGUCGAAGCGGUCCUCAUCAAAGACUUUCCUCAUUUCGUCGAUCGUGGAUUCGAAGUAGAUGAGAAGACGAACCCGCUUGACGUCAGCAUUGCCACCAUGACCGGCAAAAGGUGGAGAGCUUACAGAAACAAGCUUUCGCCGAUAUUCACAACAGGGAAGCUGAAAUCCAUGUACGGACUUAUGACGGACGUAGGUGACAAUUUGAUGAAGGCGAUAUCCAGAGAGAAAAAGGAAUGCCUGGAGUUGAAAGACGUCCUGGGACGUUUCGCCAUGGACGUGAUCGGAUCUUUCGCUUUCGGCAUGGACGCCAACACCCUGGCCGAUCCCGAGUCCAAAUUUAGAAAAAUGGGGAAAAAUGCCGUCGAUGUCAACUUCCAACAAUUCCUCAGGUUAAUGAUUAUAACUAACUUCCCAAAAUUGUCCAAAAAAUACGGCCUGUCUUUAAGCCCUAAAGACAUUCAGGAUUAUUUCGGUAACGUCAUCAAGGACACGAUUAACUACAGGAUGGAAAAGAAAGUCAGGAGGAACGACUUCCUCGACCUCAUGCUCCAGCUCAGGGAGAAAGGUUCCGUGGAAAUAACGACUAAAGACCCCAGCGAUGAUUACCUGGCGAUCAGCAAUGAGACAUACUCGACAGACAAAUUUGAAGUGACAGAUGACCUGAUGGUCGGCCAGGCUUUUGUAUUCCUCACGGCAGGUUUCGAAACGACAGCUAUACUAAUGAACAUGACGUUUUACGAAUUGUCCAAGAAUCCAGAGAUACAGGAACGAGUCAGGAAGGACAUAAAUGAGAAAGUACGGGAGCACGGCAGCCUCAGCUUCGACUCCGUCAAGGACAUGUCCUACCUGGACAUGUGCUUGAAAGAGACAUUGAGGAAGUACCCGCCAGCCCAGAUGCUCUUAAGAACCUGCACUAAAGAGUACACAUUUCCCAACGGCCUCGUCGUCAAACCGGGCGAGAGAUUGAUCAUCCCGGUUUUCGCAAUUCAUCGCAGCGAUGAGUACUACCCUGACCCUGACAAAUUCGACCCUGAACGCUUUGGCCCCGAUGUCUUCCAGCGGCCGUGCACUUUCUUGCCUUUCGGCGAAGGUCCGAGGGUCUGCAUAGGAAACUCGUGGAGAAACAUUCUAAAGCAGACGUCCCAGGGAGAGAGGUUUAAGGAAAUCUGCGACAAGUUCCCAGACGAUAAGAUAAUCGGCAUGUACGACUUCCUGCAGCCGAUUCUUGUGGUCAAAGACGUCGAAGUGGUCGAAGCAGUGUUGGUGAAGGACUUUCCCCAUUUCGUCGAUCACGGUUUCGAUGUAGACGAAAACACCAACCCAAUGGAUAUCAACCUCUUCUCCAUGACUGGAAAAAGGUGGAGAGCUUACAGGAACAGGUUGUCACCGAUUUUCACCACAGGGAAGCUGAAGACGAUGUACGGACUGAUGACUGAGAUCGGCGAGAACUUGGUUAACGCGAUCGAAAAGGAGUCGACGGAUUGCGUCGAUUUGAAAGACGUGUUGGGCCGUUUUUCGACGGACGUCAUAGGCAAUUUCGCGUUCGGUUUCGACCCUGGCACCCUGGCGGACCCUAAAUCCGAGUUCAGAACGAUGGGAAAGAAGGUCUUCGAAUUCAACGCUUUCCAAAUUCUCAAAUACGUCAUCAUCUUCAAUUUCCCUAGCUUAGCGAAAAAGUUGGGCCUCUCCAUCAACAACAUGAAGGUGCAGGAUUAUUUCGUCAACAUCAUCAAGGACACGAUUGUCUACAGGGUGGAGAAGAAUUUCCGGAGGAACGAUUUCCUUGACCUCAUGCUUCAACUCAGAGAGAAAGGUUCCGUGGAAAUAACAACAAAAGACCCCAGUGAUGAUUACCUCGAAAUCGGGAAUAACACUUACACGACAGAAAAAUUCGAAGUGACAGAUAACCUGAUGGUUGGGCAGGCUUUCACCUUUCUGACAGCCGGCUUUGAUACGACAGCUGCAAUCAUGGACCUCGUCUGUUACGAGUUUUCCAAGAAUCCUGAGAUACAGGAACGUGCGAGGAAUGAAGUCAAAGAGAAAGUGCGCCAUCACGGUAAACUUAGCUUCGAUUCCGUCAAGGACAUGACCUACCUGGACAUGUGCCUGAAGGAGACGAUGAGGAAGUACCCGCCGGUGCCCAUGCUCAUGAGGAUCUGCACGAAAGAAUACACUUUCGACAAUGGAUUGACCGUCUACCCGGGUGACAAACUGUUUAUCCCCUUGUAUUCAAUCCACAUGGACCCGACCUACUUCCCUGAACCUGCAAAGUUCGACCCUGAACGCUUCGGACCUGAUGUCUUCCAGAAGCCCUGCGCCUUUUUGCCGUUUGGCGAAGGGCCGAGGAUAUGCCUCGCUAUGAGGUUUGCCUUACAAGAGAUGAAGUUCUGCUUGGCAAAGAUGCUGAUAUCGUACAGCCUCAAGCUGAACCGAAAGACUAAAGAACCAUUGGUAUUUAACAAAAAGACCUUCUUCACCACUCCUCAAGACCCAGUUUACUAUGACCUGGAAAAGGUCGCCUUAUAAUCAUUUAAAGUAAAGUGUUUUGAAUUCCUUAGA